UACAACUCUUCUACAUAGGGCGAGAGAGCCAAAGAGAUUUUAGGCUGAUACGAGGAGAAAGGAAAUUAGGAAGAAGGAUUAGAUCAAUCUCGAUUGAACAAGAUGUCGACUCUUUCAGCUGCGAGGGCAGACAACUUCUACUAUCCACCAGAAUGGACACCCGAUCAAGGUUCCUUGAACAAGUUCCAAGGCCAGCAUCCUCUCAGAGAGAGGGCAAAGAAGAUAGGCGAAGGGAUUCUUAUCAUAAGGUUUGAGAUGCCGUAUAAUAUAUGGUGUGGUGGCUGCAAUUCUAUGAUUGCCAAGGGUGUUCGUUUCAAUGCUGAAAAGAAGCAAGUUGGCAACUAUUACUCUACAAAGAUAUGGAGCUUUGCGAUGAAAGCACCGUGCUGCAAGCAAGAGAUAGUCAUUCAGACAGAUCCUCAGAACUGCGAGUAUGUGAUUACUAGUGGUGCCCAGAAGAAGGUUGAGGAAUACGACGUUGAAGACGCUGAAACCAUGGAGCUCACUGCUGAGGAAGAGAAGGGAAAGCUGGCAGACCCGUUUUAUCGUUUAGAGCACCAAGAAGUCGAUCUGCAGAAGAAGAAAGCAGCAGAACCGCUUCUGGUCCGUCUCCAGCGAGUCUCAGAUGCAAGACACGCAGAUGACUACUCCCUAAACAAAGCUCUACGUGCCCAGAUUAGGGGACAAAGGAAACGUGUAGCUGAAGAAGAGGCUGCUUCAAGGAAGCUAGGCUUGGGGAUAAGACUUCUUCCCAAAAGCGAAGAAGAUGUUGCAGCUGCAUCACACGUGAAUUUCAAGACCAAGUUUGAUAAGAACCUAAAGGAUAAACGAGCGCUGAUCCAUGCAUCUUCCAUCUUUCCCGAGUCAUCUUACUCCAUGUCGUCAUCGUCGAGCAAGAAAAGAUUGGAGCUAGAAGCUAAGAGAAGGAAGAUAUGCGCAGGGUCAGCGUCGAGCUUAUUGAGUGGAGGAUUCAAAGCUUCAUCAUUGUCUAAAACCCCAUCAUCAUCAACCAAGUUCAAGAGCUCAACAGUUUCUGUAAGGAAGCUGUAGUUUAGGCAACUGUUUCUGAAUCUUUGCGAAAGUUAAAUCAGUUGUCAACUUGUUAUACGUGUGGAAAAUUAAAUUGGAUUCUGACUUUGGUCUUGUCAUCAAUAUGUAAUAAUAAGUCAACAUGAAAUGAUUGAAAUGAGUUGAUAAGAAA